AUGGCGGCGCUCCUAGCGCGGCUGGGCCGGGGCCUCCGCGCCGCCCGCCCGCCCUUCGCCGCCUUCCCGCCGCGCCGCCUUCUAGCGCCGCCGGGACCCCCGCGGCCGCUCAGUUUUUCGGCGGCGGAGCUGGUGCGCGCCGCGCCGGGCCCCGUGCGGCCUUACUUGCGCCUCAUGCGGCUGCACCAGCCCGCCGGGACGUGGUUGUUAUAUUUGCCGUGCACCUGGAGUAUAGGCCUGGCAGCAGAGCCGGGAUGUCUUCCAGACUGGUAUAUGCUGUCCUUGUUUGGGACGGGAGCAGUUCUGAUGCGUGGAGCAGGCUGCACAAUUAACGACAUGUGGGAUCAGGACUAUGACAAAAAGGUUGCAAGGACAGCAGGUAGACCUCUAGCAGCUGGAGAUAUCUCUACUUUUCAGUCCUUUGUUUUUCUUGGAGGACAACUUAGCUUGGCUCUUUGUGUGCUUCUGUGUCUGAAUUACUACAGUAUUAUUCUGGGAGCAGCCUCCUUGUCUCUUGUGAUCACCUAUCCUCUGAUGAAGAGAAUAACAUAUUGGCCACAGUUAGUUUUGGGACUUGCGUUUAAUUGGGGAGCCCUUCUUGGGUGGUCGGCCAUCAAAGGGUCUUGUGAGUGGUCUGUGUGUUUGCCUUUGUACUUAGCUGGAGUUAUGUGGACGCUGGUAUAUGAUACCAUUUACGCUCAUCAGGAUAAGAAAGAUGACAUCCUCAUUGGUGUGAAGUCAACAGCGUUACAGUUCAAUGAAGAUACGAAGCAGUGGCUCAGUGGCUUCAGCGUUGCAAUGAUCUUGGGCUUGUGCAUGGCAGGAAUGAAUUGUAACCAGACUUUCCCUUAUUACUCAGCUGUGGCUGCUGUAGGUGCUCACUUAGCACACCAGAUUUACACUUUGAAUAUAGACAAACCUGAAGACUGUUGGAAGAAGUUUACUUCAAAUCGUACUGUAGGAAUUCUGCUCUUCAUAGGGAUUAUGCUUGGAAAUCUUUGGAAAAGAAAAGACUCCAAAACAGAAGACCGUUUAGAAAACAGGUAGCUGAAACUACUACAAAUAUUGAUAUUUUAGUCUGGUUAAAAAUAAAGGUGGUAUAAGUGUAAAAACACUUGCAACCAUUUCUGGUUUAUUCUAUUUAUUUAUAACAGGUGGUUACAUUUUUCUUACUUCUAAAAAUAUGGAAGUGAAAUUAACCAAUAGUAUAAAUUGUGAUUAUCCUUGAAGGACUUUAACCAUCAUAAAAACUUCAAAAGUAAAACUGCUGAGCUCUGCUUCAGGUGAUGCUGAACGUUUAAAUAUUGAUCCUGUGUAGUACAAGUGAACUUCUGUAAAAUUCUCAAGACUGUGAACCCAAUAUUUUAUACAUAAUGUAGCAGAUAUCUAUUGAUUACAGUAUGUGGAAAAUGCAGAGUGAUUUUGUGAUGUAAAUAAAAUGUGGUUGUAAGUGU